CUGACGUGUGCAGAAGUCCUUCUUGUUCUGGUCCUUGUUCCCGUCUGAGUACCAGCUUCCCAGUGCCCUGAGGGCCAGCGGGCCUGCGGCAGAGGGAAGGAGGAGGAGAAGAAGAAAAUUGUCCCGGAUCCUUGCAGGGGGUCCAAGCCUCUCCCGGGUUGCCAGUCUUUCCGUAGGUUGCGGCACUACGCCAGGCAAGAGAAGAGGAAGGAAAUUAACCCCAAUCCGUGAAGGUCGAUUUGAGGCACAUAGUCCCCAUGAUUUCGAUCUGUCAUCCUGCAGGUCUGCUGUAGCAGGUGGCACCACUUGAGGCGAGGGAGGAAGUUUCCUCGGAUCAGUAGAGAUUGCAAGGGUUGUUGGGCGUGGCACACCUCCAGGGGAGGAAGAAGGGACAAACUGCCUGUCUGGAGGAGGUCUACCUCCAGUGUCAGCUGUUGUGGCCUUGAAGUGGCUGAAGACGAUCACCUUUCACAGACGUGCACCCAGGCCCAUAGCCCUCCUCUCCCAGCCUGAGUGAAUACUUGGUUCCUUGGUCCCUGCUGUUGUCAGGGACGAUUGCAUGGGCUACGCCAGGAAAGUAGGCUGGGUGACUGCGGGACUGGUGAUUGGGGCUGGAGCCUGCUAUUGCAUUUACAGACUGACACGGGGAAGAAAACAGAACAAGGAGAAAAUGGCUGAGGGUGGAUCUGGGGAUGUGGAUGAUGUUGGGGACUGUCCUGGGGCUAGGUACAAUGACUGGUCUGAUGAUGAUGAUGACAACAGUGAGAACAAGGGUAUAGUGUGGUACCCACCUUGGGCCCGGAUUGGGACUGAGGCUGGAACCAGAGCAAGAGCCAGAGCAAGGGCCAGGGCUACUCGGGCUCGCCGGGCUGUUCAGAAACGGGCUUCCCCCAAUUCUGACGAUACUAUUCUGUCCCCUCAAGAGCUGCAGAAAGUUCUUUGCUUGGUUGAGAUGUCUGAAAAGCCUUAUAUUCUUGAAGCGGCUCUAAUUGCUCUGGGUAACAAUGCUGCGUAUGCAUUUAACAGAGAUAUUAUUCGUGAUCUGGGUGGUCUCCCAAUUGUUGCAAAGAUUCUCAAUACUCGGGAUCCGAUAGUUAAGGAAAAGGCUUUAAUUGUCCUGAAUAACUUGAGUGUGAACGCUGAAAAUCAGCGCAGGCUUAAGAUAUACAUGAAUCAAGUGUGUGAUGACACAAUCACUUCUCGCUUGAACUCAUCAGUGCAGCUGGCUGGACUAAGAUUGCUUACAAAUAUGACUGUUACUAAUGAGUAUCAGCACAUGCUUGCUAAUUCCAUUUCAGACUUUUUUCGUUUAUUUUCGGCGGGAAAUGAAGAAACCAAAUUCCAGGUGUUGAAACUCCUUUUGAAUUUGGCUGAAAAUCCAGCCAUGGCUAGAGCACUGCUCAGAGCCCAAGUACCAUCUUCACUGGGCUCCCUCUUUACUAAGAAGGAGAACAAAGAGGUUAUUCUUAAGCUUCUGGUCAUAUUUGAGAACAUAAAUGACAAUUUUAAAUGUGAAGAAACUGAACCUGCUCAGGAUCAAUUCAGUGAAGGUUCACUGUUUUUCUUUUUAAAAGAAUUUCAAGGGUGUGCUGACAAGAUUCUGGGGAUAGAAAGUCACCAUGAUUUUUUGGUGAAAGUAAAAGUUGGAAAAUUCAUGGCCAAACUGGCUGAGCGUAUGUUCCCAAAGAGCCAGGAAUGACUUCUUGAUUUUGUAGUUUAGAAGCAACACACAUUGUGAACUAUUCCUUUUCUCCACCUUGUUUAUAUGGUAAAAGAAUCCUUUUAGCUGCAAUUUUGAGUGAUGAAUAUCAUUGUAUCAUCAAUGCUUAGUUGGUUUUCAAGUCUAAGCUGGAUGAAUGAAUAUCACUACCUAUUCUGAAAAUAUGUUUGUUGCUUUUUAUCUCAUUGCCUAGAUUGAAAUAUUUUUACUAUUUCUUUUGCGUGACAGUGAACCAGUCGGUCAUAAGUAAGCUCCCUCCUGUCAUUUGCAUUAACUUCGUGUAUCAUCAAUAAAGUUGUGUGUUAAUGCUGAAAAAAAAGAAAGAAAAAAGAAAGAAAGCAUUUUUGUCCUUGGUUUAUAAUCUAGUUGGAGAGAUAAGAAAUAUACAAACAAAAAGAUAACAAUAUCUGGAGCGUAUGCUCAUUGUCAAAUGUGUGCUCUCAGAGCAUAGAGGAAGCAAAGGCUUCUGUGGAAUAUAAUAGCUACAAACUUCUGGAGGAAGCAACCAUCGAAAAUGAGUCCUGACUGGGUUAGGUAGUUAGGCUUUCCAAAAGCAAGAGUGAAGGGGCGUUAGAGGUAGGAGGCAUAGAGGUAGGACGCCUUUUCCUAUGACUGGGAGGAGAUUAGUCACCUUAGAGUGGAGAGCGUGGGGAUUGGAAGUAAAUAAAUUUGGAAAGCUGAGUGAAGCCAGUUUGUAGAGAGAUGUUUGAAUAUUAUCCCACUGAACACAAAGAGCCAGGAAAUAUUUUUGACCAGAAAGAAUAAUUGGAAUUCAUAUUGAGGUCUCUCGCUCACCAGCUAUGCAGUGUCCGCAAAGGUGUGGAAACAUGGAUCCUACCAAACCCUGGUUGUAGGAAUGAGUACACUGAGUUUGCACAGGUUUGUGGAGGGCCAUUUGAUAAUACAUAUAAGCCUUAAAGCAUGUAAAAACCCUUUGUCCUAAGGAAAUAAUUGAGUAAUUGGCUAAAGACUGUAUGUACAAGGCUCUUCAUCCCAGCAUUGUCUGAAACAGUAAGAAUUGGAAGUAACCUAAGUGUCUAGCACACUGAAUUUGUUAAAUAAGUUAAGGAAUGUUCACAAGGUAUAUAUGAUAAAUAUGUCGAUUCAAAUCCAUAUUGCCUGGAGAAGAUAUUCAUUCUGCAUUGUUAAAUGAGAAAGGUAGGUUAGAUAGCAGUGUUCAUAGAAUGAUUCUAUUUCUUUUUCAAAGAUAGUAAAACAUAUAUUGAAGUAGACAUUAACAACUGUGGAAUUAAAAAAAACAACAACUGUGGAAUUAUAAAUAUCCAAACAGUAACUGGUAUAUUUAAGUGGAAGGAUAAUGAAUGAUCUUUACCAUUUUACUUUUUAUUCAUUUAUGUAUUCUCAUUUAUAUAAAAUGAAUAUUGUUUUUUUGGAAAAGAAAGUGUUGGGAAUGAAGCAGGUGAUUGGAGCAUGUACUGAGUAGAAAACAAUUUAGAUUAAAAAUGAGAUAGGUUGAAACUUCCUCUCUGAAAUGAUAGACGAGUGAUGAAGAUGGGACUUGUCAUGAAGAUUAAGUUAAAUAAUACAUGCAAAAUACUUAGAAUGUUCUAGCACAGAGCAGUUAAUUAAGAAAAAUGAGCACCCCUAACUCCCUAGAAUGUAGGGUUGAUAGUUUUUUUUGGUUGACCUUUGUUUUGCUGGGGGCAUUCUGCCGUGUGUCAGUGUCAUUUAAUAAAUAAUAACAAUAAAGGUUAGCAUUUAUUAAGUGA